AUGACCCUGGGCGGCCCGGGUCACAUAGACCCUCGACUGCUGGCCGCUCUGAGAGUGCUGUACGCUCCAGCAUCGGUGGAUGUGAGGCAGAUUCCGCUGCAGGAGCUGCAGGGGUUGGAUGCGGUGGGGAGGCUUGGGCGGGAGUGUGAGCAGAAGACAGCGAGGACGCUGCUGGGGCUGUGCUUUAUCUUUCUGCAGAGCUUCUCCCAAGUGCCUCCUGCUGAGGGUGCCUCUGCUGCUGCUACUGCUGCUGCUGCUGCUGCUGCUGAUAAGUCUGCAAAAGGUACAGCUGUUGCCACUGCUGGUGCUGGUGCUGGCGCUAAUACAACUCCUGGUGGAGCCGCUGCUGACUCCAGUGCAGCAGCGGCAGUGCGGCUGGCAGCCGAGGCGGCGGGGAUGGAGAGUGGCGCAGCGGAGAGGGCGAUAGGUGGGAUGACGGCGCAGGAAGCAAGGCUGGUGGAGGCGUUCCGUGCAGAGAAGAGAGGGCUCGUGCUGCGAGUGAUGUCGUUCCUGCAGGGCCGAUUGGAUAAGGAAUGGGACUACUUGCUCUGA